GGGCAGCACUCCGGGACUAAACCGGGACUAAACCGGGACAAACCGGGCCCGGCUGCGCCUCAGACUCGGGCCGCACAUUUCGCACAUUUUUCGGAUGCUUCGCUGCGACUUUCUGGGACGAACCGGUUAAAAAAAAGGAUGUCAACAAGUGACGCAGGAGACCCGAGGCUCGGAGGAGGUGGAGGAGGAGAGACAGACGCAGCUACGCCUCUGAGCUCGCCACAAACACGGAGCCACACAGCGAGAGGAAAAGACGAGAUAUUUGCCAACGGCUUUGAGCAUCGACCUGAAAAAGAAGCUGAAGUCGACACAACACAGACGCACACGGCUUUAACUCUUUCUCCAAACGUCCGGAGUCACACAGACGACACAAAUAGACCCACGUUCACGUCGCGAUUCUUCCUGAAACUCGGCUCCAAACCAGGUCUGAGCCGAGGCGUUUCCACAGAGAGUUUGGAUGCACCGUCUCCAGUUUGCAGUAAAGACAUAUUUUAUCGGGUUCACGAUCUCCCUUUGUACGCUGUGGACAAGAUCCCUCUUCGUUUGAGAGAAGUAACGAAAACUGAGAACUGCAUCAGCAUCGAGACCUGCAGCGCUGAUAUUCAAAGCUUCCAAAAUGGCCGCCGCGGAUUACAUAAAGAAAACGCAUCUCGAAGUGGGCUGCCAGCGAAAAGGCCGAACUCUUUGGAUUUAAACGUGGAUAGAACCAGGGCUAAGGGACUGCCUGAACAAUCCGCCAUGUUGUCUUCGACUGUGGUGACGGCGCUGGCCCCUCAGUGGAGCGGACGUUACCCCAAGAGCAAACGGGGAGGAAAUGGGACUCCGGAUUUUUCAGGGAACUUGCAGAGCCGGACGGAAAGCUCCCCCGGUGUCGAAAGGAUGCUGUCAAGCGGAAUACAAAGCCAACAGCACGCGCCGUUUACGAAGAGCAACACGGUGGGAUGGUCAACGUGGAGCAGGCCUACGGGUUUGGACAAUGACCGGAAAAUGGCUCAGUCGGCGUCUCUGGAUAUGCGAUUGGACGAUAAGAGAACGGAUAGACCGAUUCCGUCCCCUCUUUCACCCCUGACGCCUCUGUCCCCCGUUUCCCCCAUGGCCAUAGACUCGACUGAACCACAACGAUCGCCGCAAAGGGGGCACUCGCCUCUGAGCUCGAAACCAACCACGAGCAGCAUGCUUUUGUCCCUACGCCGCGUCAACAGCCCCAUCAGUCCUACAGAAAAUCAAUCGCUGAGUCCGGAUAGUUUUAACAGCAAUCGGCAGUUCUCAACGCAUCUCAGUCAAAGCUUUCAACACAAAAACCAGCUCUCUCCAAAUUCCAUUUCAAAUAACGGCAAUGCUCCUCUUUCCUCGUCGCCCACGCAAAGAGACAGAUUAGCAAACUCUUACAGCUAUUCAACAGCGUCGAGUGUGCAAACAGAACCGCCCUAUUCCCAAGCGAAUGCAAGUCAAGACGUUAUCCCACAGCAAAGAUCUUUUACCCGAGAUCCUCCAGAUAGUUCUAAGCUAGCCAAAAAGGCGCUAACACUGCCAAAACGCACACCGUACGACCCCACUGCCUUGUUAAAAUCCCACUCGACGGCAAGAAGGCCCCUGCUCUCUGCCAUAACCUGCGUGUCCCGGGACAACAACAACGACGGGAGCUCGCGCGUAACUUCAAAUGUAAAUAACAAAACGAGUUCGCAUUUAGCUGCGCCUUUUAAUAAUAAUAACAAUGCGCAGGCAGACAAAACAGCAAUCAUUGGGCAAAUCCCUAGUUAUAAAAGCAACACAAACAUGGCGGAGCUAGGUGGUAACGUUGUGAUGCUACAGGGAGGACUAGCUAGCACGCACAAUUCACCAAACCAUCAAUCAUCCCAGUUCAAAGCCCAAGCUGACUCAUCCACCAACAGGGAUCAACCAAAACCCAUAAGUUUGCCUGGUGUUUUGUCCAGUUCUAAAUUUAGCAUCGCAGCAACACAUACACCAGCGAGUCACGUUAAACCAGCUAACCAUGAUGCAAGCGGCGGUUUGUUUACAGCUAAAGGAACCGAGUUCACUCCUACACCUUUGCUAAGCCCCAAGAGCAGCUACACGCCCACAGAUAAUACCAGCAAAUACCAAAACAUGUACAGCACGUCAAAACCGACUUCUCCAACACCACAAAGUAAAGACAGGUCGGCCAAGAAAUCUCACUUAAACGAUAUUACAAAUGCGGUAACUAACGCUAAUUAUAAAUCGAGCUUACAGUUGGGUCAAAGCAGUAAGACGUCUCUUCAAUCGACUCCAGGUUCGUCGACUUUUUGCGCAACAACAUCUCAGAAGCAAGACUUUGAACGCAGCUAUGGUCCUAAACCCUACCAAGCCAAAACAACCCCAACAGUUAGCCUUUUUUCUAAAUCAAACUGCAGUCCAUCUCACAAUAACGCAACUACUUCCACUCCUUCGUUUCUCAGUCCACAUAGCCCCCCUGUUGCUAUCUCCUCCUUGCUAACUCCUCCUUCUACUCCUAACUACAACAGCCCUAGCUCCCCGCAAACUCCCAGCCCGAAAGCUAGCAAAACAUCCAGCAUUAGCGUCGACGGUGAUCCGAAAAAGCACAGUUCGAAAGGAGAGAAAAAACCUGCGAAGCGAGUAACUUUUGACGAUUCGGUUGAUUCAAACGCAGACGAAAAGCAGGAAUCACUAAAACCGUUGUCGCCGAGAAAUGUAAAAGCGCCAUCCAUUUUUAAUGCUUUGAGAUCUGAAAACCAACCGCAUACAGUUUCGCCCAAACCCAAGUUUUCGAGUUUACAAGUUGGCGCAGGGGGGAAAUACAGAUCUUUAUCGUCUGAUUCUGCAGAGAUGAAAUCAAGAGAAAUGUAUAAACAAAUGUCCACGGAAACCUUUGAUCAGAAAAAACAUGGUUUGAACUUGCCAAGACAAGAGCGGACGUUAUCUGCUGAAUCUGCUACUGCUCAGUACCGCUGCUCGCCUGCUCUGUCACUGCCUCCGGAUUUUUCGAGCGGCUAUAAGAAUCGCUACAGUUCGCCUCCUUACUCCACCCUCGUUUCUAGUCGAACAUCGCAACCUGAAACUAAGUCCAAGCCGCCGUGUUCACCUCUAUUCCAACGCAACUCGCAACCAAACCUUCCAAAUGCUACUCCGAAGAAUCCUUUGCUGAGGAGUGGGUCACUGUCCCUACGACCCGUGCAAAUAGACUUACAAGAUCGUUUGAAGCUAAAUGAUUUGAACUUAGACCAAGUCAACAAUAACCCCAUUAAGCCUGUAGGGGAGCUCCUCGCUAACGGACAAAUCCAGCUAGUUGAUAACAGAGUGCACAUCAGCUCACAAUCUCUGCCCGGCGACAGGUCUCUGCGCAUAUCUUCUUGCGUAACUGAGACUUUGGUGUACAGGUUAAAGGACAAAUUAGAAAAACCUGUAGAAGGGUCCAAGAACGCCCCACCUAAAAACACCGCAAACGUACCAGUCCCCAAGGAGACGCAGUUAAGUCAACAAGUGCAGAGAAAGGAGGUGUUGAAAGAACAGGACAAUAUGUCAAAUCUAAGCUCGAGCAGCUCAAUCGAAAGCCAAAACAUUGACGACGACGGCUCUAAACGGAAAAUAAAAGAGGUCGGCAAGAGCAAGUUUUAUUCAACUGAAAGCAACAGCGAACAAAGCCCCAAAAGAAGUCGUUUUACGUUGAAGAAAAGCUCGAGUACGCCCAACGCUAGCUUGACGAGAUCUGACUCGGAGAUGACUCUGAUGGACCAAAUGAUAAGCAAACUCAAACAGACUUUUAGCACAAAAAAGCCCAACAACGAUGAAGAGGCGUAUCCUAAGAAAUCUAAGAAGGCGUUGUCCUUAAGUGGGGUUAGCGACAGCAGCAUGAGCGACGCUACGGUGGACAGUAACAAAACACUGGAGGGAGAGGAAGAGAUGGAGCUAAAUAAUAAUGAAAAAGGGGUGGAGGACAUGCAUAGAUGGCCGAGUAAUAGAAACGCUCUUGUUCAAACGCCAAUUGAGAAAAACAAAAUGGAGGACCAGUUUUCAGUGUGGCCAGAUGAAGUGAUCGUAGACAAUGAAGGGAUACGUGAUAAAAGGAGUUCUCCCCAUUUGAAAACACACAGUCCAAGUAAAGAACACGAGGCUUUUGAUUUCAAACCAAACCAGUUUUUGUCUCCCAGUGACUUCAAUUCUGGCAACAGCCCGAAUUCGUCAAACGGUUUUCGAAAAUCCAGCUCCAGUUCGAGGUCCCCGUUUUCGCCCUUCCCUUCUCUGUCUCCGGUCUCUCCGUUUUCGUCUUCGGACAUGCUCGACGACAGCGUUUUCUACAGCCCAAAGCCACCCCGCCCAAGGGACUCUCCUUCCUCGUCUUGUGAAUGUAAGGAGUUCAGCUUAGUGGCGUCGAGGAGGAGCAGAGCGUCAACGGGACCUCCGAGUGCCGGGCCCGUACCUACCAAAGAACGCAUGUCCAAUUCCUAUGCCAAUUUGAAGUACGGUAUUGAACCUGGAAGGUCUUUUUCUGUAAGUUCGGUGUCUUCCAGUCGCCCCUCUGGCCCUGGACGUAUCUCAACGGGGUCAAGGUUCAUGAGCGCCAGCGAUUUGACAAAAGCUAGCACCUUUUCUUGCGGACACACGGCUAAUGAUUCAGAUAAUUGGCACGGGCAGUACGGCUCCGAGGCUAAUUCCCAAUCCGGACGCUACACAAACGACGGCAAAGUCCGAUCGAGUUCGCUCCCGAGAUCUUUCACGCAACGUUUGAGCAACUGGAGCGAGAGGCAGUCCGGUUCUUCUUCAAAUCCAUGGGGGCAGAGGAUGGAUACUGUUGAUUUUCCGUGGGACACAGAGGGUCCGCCUACACCUCCUCCGACGCCUCCGUUGUCCCCCGUAAAUGUCCGCAUGUCCAAACCGCCGUGUCUCUCUCCGCCGUCUUUCUCUGGACAGUCUGACCCCCCUCAAGACAACCUGUCCCCCCGACGACUCCUGCCGUCCCGGGGAUACACCUCCAGCCUCAGCACCUUCGAGGAGUCGUCUGACAGCAGCUCGGACACGACCACGGACGAUGAAUACUAUCUAGAAACAGGAGAAGAUGAAGAAAAAGAGACGGAACUGUAAAACGGUUUUAUUUUGAAAGUCUCUUGUAUAUUUUUUGGAUGAGUGGAGAAGAGAGGGACUUACAUUUGAGCAACGCAUCAAGUUUAUUUGUAAAGAAUGUAAAAGAUGUUGGUUUUGUUGUUUAAAGUGCGGGUUACUGCUGUCGUUUUCACAUUAAAAAGGGCCAUUUUUUAAACGGCCCAUAUCACACUGUUCUCUGAUCUAUGUUCUAAUGUUGUUUCCUCGUCGCAAACAGAGCUGGAGUUGUGUUGUUUUUUUUUCAUUCACACAAACCCUGCAUAUUUUUAUAGAGUUCUUCUCUCAGACUGAAAACACUCUGUCCCACCUUGUGAUGUCAUCAUGUGGUAAUACAGGAAGUGCUCCACUGUGUUUAUAAACUCCAUACACCUUCACUUGACUUCACUUUCAGACCUGGAAUUGCCUCUUAUCUCUACUGAAUACAAGAUAAAAGCAGCUAUUAACUUGAAAACUACCACUUCAUGACAUCACAAGGUGGAACAGAGCAUUUUGAGCUUUGGAGAUGUAGACCGGGGGGUGUUCAAACUCUUUUCACCGAGGGCCAUAUCUUGAAAAAUAUUCGAGAUGGAGGGACAGACGAAUGGUCAGUACAGUGGAUAAUUCAGAUGGUGCAUUUAACAUAGUUUAAAUAAAACAAUGUGAUGCUAUUAGGUUAUAUUGGUGGGAAUACUCAAAUUUGUCAUAAAAGUGAUGAUUGUGAUCAAUUGGGCCAGUUCAACUGAAGGCCUGAGGGCCAAUAAAAUUUGGUCUGAGGGCCACAUUUGGCCCCCGGGCCAUAGUUUGGACACCCCUGAUGUAACAGACUAAUAAUAAAGUGUGACUUAAAUGUGUGAAUGAAACAAAACACAACUCCAGGUCUGUUUUUGAGGAAACAACAUCAGAACACAACUUCACACUCACAAAAGUCAAGUUUGCAUAAUAUAGAAGCUUUAAGGAAGGAAGACUUAAAGUGUGGGUGUGUCCACCUGCAGCUCGUCUCCAUGGAGACGUCACGGAUCACUUCUCCUGGAAUGUUCCGCAGUAUGAACCAUCUCUAUUCCACAUAUAUCCAUUCGCAGUUGUUAGCGGCGGUCCUCUUUCCACAGAUUUGACCUGUAACGUCGUCUCCAUGGAGAUAAACAUGUUUAAUGCCAUACUGAGGAAGAUUUCAGUGGCAGAUCCUUCACUUCCUCUUACGUACAGGUUUACUCGAGUUUGUUUUGGACACACCGACUCAUUUUUUCUUUAUUUUUACUACUUUUCACACUUUAUAUACACAGAAAACAUCAAAUAUAUGAAGUAAAACAAAUGGAACUAUGUAGUAAAGAAAAACUUAAACAACUUUACUAAAUAUUUUUGCAAAGGUUGGCGACUUUUGAACACUCCAAACUUUCACCUGGACACGAAUGUAAUAAUUUAAAGCCCAAAAAAAAACAGCUUUAGAACAAUGACUUUUCUCAUAAAUGGAAGCACACUUAUGUAACUCUAACCCGCUCUGGUUUUGGAUGAGGGAUGUACAAAGUUGACCUGAGCUUAGCCGAAUUCGCCGCUGUUCUUCGUGGAGUUGCAUGGCUGUUGUGAAAAACAAUCUGUUGUGAGGUUGAGCUUAAGAAAUGACUUUUAACACACGUUUGUGCGUUUGCUACUUAGUGCUAAUGAACACUUUGAAUGUACUUUUGUGUUUUUAAAAUGCAUAAGCUGAUUUAGUGAGCAGCGUUUAAACCAAAUCGAACUUUGAGAAAGGGACGAUGAUGAUAAUAGUAAUAAUAAUAAUAAUAAUAAUAAUAAGAGCUGUAUUUUAUGAUAGAUUUAAAGUGUUUUGCAGAUAUUUCAAUGCUCUGUACAGAUUCUGAUCUUUUGCCGAUGAACGAUUUGCACACAGAGAUUCCUAAGUCUUAAUAUAUCAGUUUUAUAAAUAAAUGUUUUGUCAAAAUCC